CUAAAGGAAUUAAAGAGGAGAACCCAUAGUCGAGACGCAUAAUAACCAUAACAAAAAGAAUUUGAAACAUGUUAAUGUUACAGAAUGGUUUGAAUAUGUAUCACAGCUACGGAGCUGAUAUAUAUCGUAAUAAUAUGUAAAAGACCAUAUAUAUAGGUGAAAUAGGCGAGGGGAGGAAACGUUAGCCAGACAAUUCUAGUGGAAGCUGGGAACCAAAAAUCUCAACUUCUUAUGGCGAAAUCUGAUGCACUUCGAUCCUGUUAGUUCCGCUUUGUUUUUCUAGCGCCACUCGUCAUAUUUGGUUAACACUUAACAGACUCCAGUAUCAGCAACUGCAUUAUCAAUGGCUUAACCAUAGUUUUUGUACAAAGGACUUGGACUGAAAAUUUUCGGUCUACGGUUGGAAUCCGAGGUCGUAGAAACAGAAGCGGGGACCAAUCCGAGGUUGAAAAUACUUCUAUCUUUUGAAAACGCUGUCGUUCUGAAAUCUUCAUCGUCAUUGUUGCAAUUGAAGGGGGUUUUACCGGGUAGUUUUACUCAUCGCUCGAAUCGACAGAUAACAAUCAAAGUGGAGUUGGUAAUGAAGUUGAAAUUAGCAAAUCCUUUAUGGGUUCAUGUAAAAGCUUUGUUAUGUAGAACAACCACCACGAGGAGGAGGAAUCUUUUCACUGCCACUGCCAUAAACAGUUUAGGCGAAAAGAAAGAUGAGGUUUUGGUAGUUGUUGGUGGUGGAGCAGCUGGAGUUUAUGGAGCUAUUAGGGCUAAGACUCUCUCACCUGAACUGAGAGUUUUGGUUAUCGAGAAAGGGAGGUUUCUUUCCAAGGUGAAGAUUUCUGGUGGUGGUCGAUGCAAUGUGACAAAUGGGCAUUGCACAGAUACGAUUAGGUUAGCGGAGAAUUAUCCACGUGGUAAUAAAGAGCUUAAAGGUUCUUUCUUUUACACACAUGGACCUGCUGAUACCAUGUCAUGGUUUUCUGAGCGUGGAGUGCCACUAAAGACUGAAGACGAUGGAAGAGUAUUCCCUGUGAGCGAUAACUCAUCUUCCGUAGUUGAUUGUCUCUUACACGAAGCUACUAUUAGAGGAGUUAGGCUUGAGAGAGGAAAGUCUGUGUUAAGUGCUUCUACUCAACCCGAUGGGAAGUUCCUUGUUAAAGUUGGGAAGCGAACUGCUGACGUUUCUGAAUCUAUCCAAGCUUCGUAUCUUCUUAUUGCUACUGGAAGUAGCCCACAGGGUCACUCCUUAGCCACUCAGUUUGGUCAUUCCAUUGUCGAUCCAGUACCGAGUUUAUUCACUUUUAAGAUCAAUGAUCCGUUGCUUGCUGAGUUAGCAGGAAUUAGUUUCUCCAAAGUCCAAGCCAAACUGAAACUAGAGCACCCAUGCCCGGAUAUGUCAAAGCUCGUGCAGGUUGGUCCAAUGCUUGUGACACAUUGGGGACUUAGUGGACCGGUUAUUCUCCGUCUCUCUGCAUGGGGUGCACGCCAUCUCUUCACUUCAGAGUACAAAGGGCUUCUAAUUGUUGACUUCAUACCCGAUAUUAACAUUGAAACUGCUAAAUCUCUACUCAAACAACACAAGCUGCAGUUCCCAAAGAAUAAGGUAUCCAAUACUUUUCCUCCUCAAUUCGGUCUUGUCAAUAGAUUCUGGAGAUACACUCUAGACCGCGAGGGUUCUUCAAAAGACACUUUGUGGGCUUCCCUGUCAAAUAACUCCUUGAGCUCCAUCUCUGAUCUUCUUAAGCAUUGUACAUUUCAAGUCACUGGAAAGGGUCAAUACAAGGAUGAGUUUGUGACAGCAGGAGGAGUUCCUUUAUCCGAGAUUUCUUUGAAGACAAUGGAGAGCAGAUUGGUUCCUAAUCUUUUCUUUGCAGGAGAGGUACUAAAUGUAGAUGGAGUUACAGGAGGUUUCAAUUUUCAGAAUGCUUGGUCGGGUGGAUAUAUCGCUGGCACCCACAUCGGCAAAUUAGCAAGUCACAUAAGUUCUACAGAAAGAAAAGUAGUCGGAUUAUAGUCUUCUUAAGAGAAACAUUUUAAUAUUUGAUUUUUCUAUUACCUAUCUAUGUAGGAUUGUAAUCUUAAUCAUCAUCAAUCUCUGUCUCUUUUUCAAAAGAGGUGUCCACAAAUAAUACCAUGGCCUGCAACAAAGAAAAUAAAUGAGUCAGUAUUUAUUAUGAAAACAA